AUGGACACAUCGGCACUCAAUCCUCGCGCGGAAGAUCCCUUCCGAAAGGCACUGGAAAAAUACCCAGAAAAUGUCGACAUCCUGAUUCCCGUCAUCGGUCGGUCUGGGGUUGGAAAAAGUGAAUUCAUCAACGCUGUUCUGCGAGAAGAGUAUGGACAAGGUAUCAAAUCUGAGCAGCUCAUGGACGUGCAACACACGUUGCGUAGAUGCACCGUCGACGUUAGGCUGGCUGAGCUGGGGCGCACCUCAGAAGGGAGGCGUGUAGUUCUUGUUGAUACCCCGGGGUUGAUCGACGGUCUUGAUUCAAGAGAAAACGAAGGACUUCAUGUCGAAAAGGUGGCAAAUUGGUUCAAAGAAGUUUACCGUACUCAGGAUAGUGCUGUACUCGGUGGUAUCAUCUAUCUUCACAACCUGGCCCAUGACACUUUGCAUCACGAAGACCGACAGUCUCUGCUGAUUCUGAAGGCGUUAUGUGGAGUCAAGUCCCUUUGUAGGGUGGUCGUUGCCACGACAAGAUGGGACACAAUAAAAGACGAGGCCUCUAUCACUUGGAAACUGCGGGAUCUAGAGGAGUUCUAUGGGUCAAUAAUCAAAGAGGGGGCGACAUUUGUAAAGGAGAAUCGUACCGCCAGGGAAAUUGUCGCCAUGGCAGUUGCAAAAUAUACCCCCGGUGCUCCUCUGCAGAUACAACAGGAAAUGAAUGAGAAGCACUCAUCGUUUUCGAAAACUACCGUUGGAUCCUUUUACCGGGAACCAGCCAAUCUUAAGAGUGGGUUUAAUGCUAUACAUACCCUCACUCGCAGGAUGCUCGCCUCUUUAUUUGGUUGA